CAAUGCCGAUAGACUGGCACAUUAAAUUUCACAGUCCAUUGAUCUAGGGACCGACUCACAUAUCAAGAUGUAUUAGAUAUAUGUAUAUUUUUCACUCUCACUGAGGUUAUAAUCCUACGACUGAAAUUGAAAAAUUUCUUCCAGGAAUAAUGAAACCUGCAAUGCGUCUGCAUUUCCUGUUCUUUUGUUUCUUUGCAACAAUCCUUGUUAAGGGUGAGUUAAUAGCUGAUCAAACAUGCCGGGCUGAGCCCAGCCUGGUAUCUGAUGGCGGGCUUCAUAAGGAGUGGGAAGGGGAAUUCUUUCCUGAAAUUCCGAACAUUAAGUAUGAGGGUCCAUCAAGUAAGAAUCCUUUGGCCUACAAAUGGUACAAUGCAGAUGAGGAGAUUCUUGGAAGGAAAAUGAAGGAUUGGCUGAGAUUUAGUGUUGCUUUUUGGCACACAUUCCGUGGCACUGGAGCUGAUCCAUUUGGAGCUCCAACCAAAAGUUGGCCGUGGGAAGAUGGCACUAACUCAUUAUCCAUGGCUCUAAGAAGAAUGAAAGCAAAUUUCGAGUUUUUAACUAAAUUAGGGGUGGACUACUGGUGCUUUCAUGAUCGUGAUAUUGCCCCUGAUGGUAAAACACUCAUGGAGUCAAAUGCCAAUCUUGAUGCUGUUGUGGCACUUGCAAAGAAGCUUCAGGAACAAACUGGUAUUCACCCAUUGUGGGGAACUGCCCAAUUGUUCAUGCAUCCUCGUUACAUGCAUGGAGGUGCUACAAGUCCAGAUGUACAUGUCUAUGCAUAUGCUGCAGCUCAGGUCAAGAAGGCAAUGGAGGUGACGCAUGAACUUGGAGGAGAGAACUUUGUUUUCUGGGGUGGAAGAGAGGGUUAUCAAACGCUACUGAAUACCGAUCUAAAAAAAGAACUUGAUCAUAUGGCUAGCUUUCUCCAAGGGGCUGUGAACUGGAAGAAAACAAUUGGUUUUAAUGGGACACUUCUGAUUGAACCCAAGCCACAAGAGCCUACAAAACACCAGUAUGACUGGGAUGCUGCAACAACGACGGGGUUCUUGCAAAGAUAUGGUCUUGCAGGAGAAUUCAAAUUGAAUAUCGAGUGCAAUCAUGCAACCCUUUCAGGGCACAGCUGUCAUCAUGAGCUGGAAAUUGCACGAAUUUAUGGGAUGCUUGGUAACAUUGAUGCAAACACAGGGGAUGCACAAACAGGAUGGGAUACUGACCAAUUUCUUGUGGAUGUUGGAGAGGCAACUUUGGUCAUGAUGACUGUUAUCAAGAAUGGUGGGCUUGCACCUGGUGGCUUCAACUUUGAUGCGAAAUUGCGGAGAGAGAGUGUGGAUGUAGAAGAUCUAUUCAUUGCUCAUAUAUCAGGCAUGGACACUCUUGCAAGAGGCUUGAGGAAUGCAGCUAAACUCUUGCAGGAUGGGGAAUUGACAAAGCUUGUUGAAAAGCGUUAUGAAACCUUCACUUCUGAAAUAGGAACUCAGAUUGAGAAAGGAGAGAUCAGUUUUGAGGAGCUUGAGAACAAAGUUAAAGAGUGGGGUGAACCCCGUCUUACUUCAGGGAAACAGGAACUCGCUGAGAUGAUUUUUCAUUCUUACUUGUAAAUAUGAAGCUGUUGUCUAGAUGGAUCUAAACAUGUGUACCCAAUCCAUUAUCAGGAUAGGAAUUAUGGAGCCACUUAUGAUGAGUGUAGGGAGAAAUGUAUUCUUUCUUUUGUAUUGUGGUAGGAUAUCCAUGGAACAUGUGAUACUUCAGUGCUGCUGCCUAACUAUGUUUCAGUUACAUUCACAGUACAAAUAACUCAAGUAAAAUAACAUACCAUCAGUUUUUAUGA